AUGUCGCUCGCUCCAUCAUUACAUCGCCCAUCAUCAAGAGAGCGCCAACACUAUGCACGCUUCCCCAGCCAACUACCGAAUGCGAUUCGCUUGCGCACUCCGAAUGCGACGCUGAGCGAUGAAGCCAUGUCGAACGGCUCCAACAAUCACAAUCUGGGGGAGGGGGUAGACUCCAUGGCGGAGGAGGACCCCCGGGCGGCGCGCUGGCGAGAACACUAUCUGCGCACCGAAGCGCGUCUCGCCGCUGUCUUGGGAGGCGGGAACAAGCAUGAUGUUCUUGAUGCGGAGGAAAGUGGGAUGAAGCCCUCCGCCGACGUCGCCCCGGCAGCGCAUGACGCGCGCCCGACCGCGACGCCCAAGAAACCAGUCAGGGCCAUUGACGAGGAUGACUACGGCGACGAUGAUGAUGCCGAAGAGGAAGAUGACACCCGCACCUCGCCGUUGCUUUCGAAGAGCGCUCCGAACGGCAUCUCCGCUAGUGCCCUCGAUACGCCAAGCCUUCGGAUAUCUUCGUUGUCGAACAAGCUGGGCAUUGAACGCACAAGCACACCGAGCUCGGAGCAGGUCAAGUCAUCCGAUGACGUGCGGAAAAAGCUGCAACAGGACAAAAAGGCUGCCGAAGAUGCAGCUAAGCGCAGUUUCUAUACCCUGUUCUACACCUUGGAGAGCGAUCGUGAUGCUAUGCUGGAACAACAGAAGCUUGACGAACUGGACCGGCAAGUGGAAACCGAGAUGUCCGGGCAGCCAGCCAGUGCUCCCGCAGCCGGGGCGCCAGCUGCACCUCAGCAAGGAACCCUGAGCACGACCAAUCUCGGAGCCUCCAGUCUGACCUUGAAGCAUCUUAUUGCCCGCAUAGAUGCGCAGAGAGACAAAGUGCACGCAAGCGAUGCCCAGCUACGAAAUCUGAUCAGCGAAGUGAGGAAAAACCGGAGCAAGUGGGCGAAUGAAGACCGCGUUGGCCAAGAGGAGCUGUAUGAGAGCAUGGAGAAGGUUCUCAUGGAGCUCAAGGCCGGCGAGCAUGCCCAUCCCUUCUUGCAGCGCGUCAACAAGCGAGAAGCGCCCGACUAUUACAACAUAAUCAAGCAGCCCAUGGAUAUCGGCACCAUGAUGAAGAAACUCAAGCAGUUGGUGUACAAAUCGAAGAAGGAAUUUGUGGAGGAUCUCAUGCUCAUCUGGGCCAAUUGCUUGAAGUACAACUCCGACCCCGGCCAUUUGUAUCGCAAGAAAGCGCUCUACAUGAAGAAAGAGACGGAGAAGCUAGUUCCCUUAAUCCCUGAUAUCACUGUCCGUGAUCGUGCGGAAGUCGAGGCUGAGGAAAGGCGCAUGAGAAACGGAGAUGCAGACGCAGAUGGCGCUGAGGACAGUGAAGACGAGGAACCGAUCAUGGCUUCCCGCGGACGCAAAGCGCCCAGCAAAGGCGGGAAAGGCACAAGCACAGCUAGAAAAGCGCCCCCAGCAGGCCUGGAAGGCACGCCUGGUCCUGAAAACAAGGCCACUGUCCCGUCCAUCAACAGCGCGGUGUCCAAUUUGAAGAAUGAGUUCCUCCGCGCCGACUCGGAAAUGGAAGGUUCCAUCAAUGGCUUCUCAACACCUCCACCUGGGACACUGACCCCUUUGGGACCUAACGGCAUUCUCCGCAGCGGCGCGCACGGUAGCCAAGCAGAUGUAUCCGAGGCAGAUGGCACCGGCGCUUCUGUGAGCGGUUUUGCUUUUGAGGACGACGCUGAUCUAGAUGACCUCGAAUACAAAACUUGGAAGCAGAUCACCAAGAAGGACAGAGCAAUCAUCGCCGCUGAACGCCACCGUUUGUUCCGGAACGAUGAGCUUCACGUAGACGAGCCGGCAAUUCUGCGGACCAGAGCUGGGAUGAGACGAUGGCUCCGUCAUCGAAAACAGGCCAACGAGGAAGAGUCUAUGGGUGGCUCAGCCUCUGCGCCCGACGGCAAGGAUGGUGUGCAAACAACAGCCGGCGAAACCCUCGCUGAAGGUAUGGAGGGUGAAGAAGAACGCCAGAUUCCCGACUACUAUGACCCAGUCUGCGCAAUCCCGGAUCUAAAUGAACGUCUUCAAUGGGUUGAGGAUGCCGAAGGCCAUGUCAUCCAACAGUUCGAAGAGUACAUGAGGAUCGUGCCUAGAGGCCAGUUCACUGCGCCGGAAAGCGCGCUGACCAAGAAAAUGGAGUCCAACAUGAGACAAAUGCAGGAGACGAGGAAAAUCUGCGCGAAGAUUGGAAUUGUCAAACAGAUGCAACUCCAAUCGCAGAUGUACCAAAACCAGUUCCAAAAGUACGAUCCCCGGCCAUUUAUUGAGGCGGAUAUCGAGCCAAUGGUCGUAUCUGAAGAAGGCCCUGUCAUGGCUCCAUACGUUUGCCGCGCCGCGCUGCAACGAAGCGUUGGCAAGAUAUUCUACCAUGCCGGCUUUGAAGAGUUCCAGCCUUCCGCUCUUGACGCAAUUACGGACAUCGCAGGGGACUUCUUCCAGAAGCUAGUAGCAAGUCUAGGCCUCUACCGAGAAACACCGAAGAUGAAGUCUGACAUUCCUGUGACCGCACAAAACGGCACUACCACACACUGGGUUCCCCGAUUCAAUCAGGAAGAAGCUGUUCUCCAUGCUUUGCAAGUAAACGGAGUUGAUCUCGAGACUCUAGACACGUACGUUAAAGACGACGUUGAGCGACUAGGUACCAAACUCGCCGGCAUGCAUGAUCGCAUGCGGUCUUACUACGCCGAACUGCUUCGUCCUGCCCUGGACAAUGCUGGCACAGACGGAGCCGGUGCGUUCAAUGACGGCAGUGAGCAGUUCGUUGGCGGCGACUUUGCUGAAGACAUCGGAGAAGACUUCUUCGGUUUCAAGGAACUUGGUCUGGAUAAGGAGUUCGGUGUCUCUUUCAGCGUUCCGUUGCAUCUGUUGCAGAACAGGAUGCACAAUGCCUACGCUGCGCAGAACACCAACAACGUUGCUACAACGGGCGUUCUCAUGGAGGAGCCACCGAAAUUCGAGCCCGUCACCAUGCAAAAUGUCACAAGCCAAAUUGGCCUCAUGCAAGACUGGCUUCUUUCCAAGCUACAGGAUAACAGCAACGAAGCCCUCGUUGAGGAUGAAGAUCUACCCCCGAAACAGCGUUUCCCCAAGCCUCGUCUGCCUCCGACAGGCAAGAUUUCUAGUCCUCGCAAGCGCCCAUUGCGAGAACAACAGCAAAUGGCGCGGAAGAAGCGCAGGCUGGACGAGGAAAGGGAAGAGAAUGGCGCCAACGCCAACGGAUCUGGAGUCAACGGUGGCCUCAUGAAAGGGCUUGGUAAACCAGUUGGUAAGUUGAAGCUCGAGAUGCCACAGAAAGAGAACCAGGGCAUCGCCGAGCCAGAAAAGGACGACGGCAGCGCAGUUGGGAUGAUAAGUCCCGAGAGCAUCUUAGCUGCCUGA